UGAAAGUAUUUGAGCGGCGUCUUUAUCAGGGCAGUUUAGUUCUGCUGGACGCAUCAAUAAUUGUGUGCAGGGACCCGGAAAAAAAUAAAUAGACUCUUUAUUUUUCAAACUCAUUUUUUUUUUUUUUACAAAUUUUAAAUAACUAAAAAUUGAGCAGCGAGUCCAGCCACGAGGAGUAGGCUUUUUACCAGAAACUGAAGCAUGAAUUUUCUUUGUCAAAAUCCUAAGAGGCGCGUUUUCACAGCAACAACAAUAUAAAAAACUACUCUGCCAAAAAAAGGAAUUAGUCUAGCUCAUCGACGUUUUGUGUUUUUUUUGUGAAAAUAUAGGCUAGCAGCCUUAUUAAUUGAUAAGAAAGAGGACAGGACAACACGAAAUUGGAAUUACUACUUUGUAAAAAAAAAAAAAAAAAAAAGGGGGGCAGAGAAAGAGGUGCUGAGGGUGAUCAGGCUUCAUCAUUAUGGAAGAAAAUGCUCGCCGAGACCCAGAGCGCGCACAGGACUCCGGCGAGGAGUCCAACCGGGCCAUCCUGCCUCUCCUCCAGCCACCUGGCAACCAGCAGUCCCACAGGAUCACAAACUUUUACAUCGACAACAUUUUGAGACCGGACUUUGGCCGAAAGAGGAAGCACGGGACUCCGGUCCGGGAGGGAGACCGUCUGGGUCUGGGUCUGGGAGUGAUCAUACGCACAGAGGAGCUGAAGUCUUCCAAAACUGGCAACCCGCAGCAGGGUGGAGCAGGAGGCGAGGAAGAAGAAGAAGAACAAGAGGAGGAUGAGGACACGGGAGCAUCCGACGACCAGCAUCCGGACACUAAGGCCAAGAGGCCGGACCUGAGAGCCGGGGAUGCGGCUGGGAAGGGUCGGGGCGGCGGCGGGGACCGGUGCCGCAGCCCCGAGGCCGGCUCGGCCCCUGCGUCCAAGCCGCCGAUGCUGUGGCCGGCCUGGGUUUAUUGCACCCGCUACUCGGACCGUCCGUCAGCAGGGCCCAGAUCCCGCAAACCAAAGAAGGAACCGACCCCGAGUAAAGAGGACAAGCGGCCCCGGACGGCCUUCACCGCGGAGCAGCUCCAUCGGUUAAAAACGGAGUUCCAGAGCAACCGGUACCUGACCGAGCAGCGGCGACAGAGCCUGGCCGGGGAACUUGGCCUUAACGAGUCUCAGAUCAAAAUCUGGUUUCAGAACAAACGGGCCAAAAUCAAGAAAGCCACCGGGAAUAAAAACGCUCUGGCGCUGCAUCUCAUGGCACAGGGACUGUACAACCACGCCGGGUCCAAGGAUGCCAAGUCGGACAGCGACUAGAGGAGACACGGAGGGACAGCAGGGGGGUUCUGAACCAUGCAAUAAAAAUCACUUCAGUACCAGCAUUCAUAUUUAAAAACUCAAGCAGAGAGGAUAUUAUGACAUUUUGUUUGUGUGUGUGUGUGUGUGUGUGUGUGUGUGUGUGUGUGUGUGUGUGUGUGUGUGUGUGUGUGUGUGUGUGUGUGUGUGUGUGUGUGUGUGUGUGUGUGUGCAGGCUAAUGCGUCCGCAGGGCUGUAGUAGCCUAUAAAUGACGACGUCCAAUCCAAAUCAAAAUGUAUGCUGCGUUCAUGUCACAGACAGAAGUCGGGAUUUUCCACGGUAACACAACUGUUACAAUUCGGAAACCCGCCACUUAUGUAGGCCUACAAUUAGCCUAGAUGUCCAAUUAAAAACAGCCACGGACGCUUCUGUUAGAGCUGAUACGCAACUUUAUAGGCUGCAUUAUUUGAUUUGGGUCUGAAGUAACGUCUGUUAAGUAGGCCGAUUCUGAACACUGCGUGGCACAUAAAGGCCACACUUCAAAAUUGGUGGUCACUCAUUGAGAAAAGAGUAGCCUAAAAACAUUUCUAUGUGUUAGCUAAAAGCAGGCUACCAGUCGCUGGCAGAUGAGGCGACACAGUUAAUUUCAAAUGCUACCAUUUAGCCUACGUUUGGGAUAAAACAUGCGCUUUGAUGUAGCCUAGUACUUUAAAGGGCUAUUAUCAAUGGCUAAGAAAAUAAAGACUAUUUUGAAAUUGUUUAACAUUAUAACUAAUAGGCGUAGUUAGGCUAUAGUUUUAACAGUGUACCCCGCCAUCUUUGACAUCAGGUAAUAGCCUAUUAUUUCAGAAACCUCACACAUUUCAGCCUCAAUUUCCACAUUUCCACCUGAGUUGUUGUUUUUUCCUGUGAAGAAAACAACCAGAAUGCCGAUAUUCUGACACACAUGGAAUGCAGCAUUCUCGGGUGAGAUGGGACAAAUAGACUACAGAAAACAUAUCUUCGAUGGGUUUUUUUUUGGUUUUUUUUUAGAGGCGGGGAAAGAGAGCAUAUAACAUCCAAUAGGAGCUUAGAAUACAUGCACGAGCUCCAUGCCGGGAUGAGACUGGUGGACUGGACAGCCGUCACGCGCACUACAGCCCUGUGUCCCGUCAGGCUCAACUGUUGUGUCUGAGGAACUUUUAUUGUUUAUGAAAACUAUAUGCUGAAAUCCAAAGAUUUUUUUCUGCUGCAUUCUGGGAACUGUGAAUUGAGAAAAUAGCCUAUACUUUGUGUUGUCUGUUAUGUAGCCUACUUUUUCUUUUUUUUUUUCCUUACUUAAUUGGCUAUUUUCUGCUCUUUUCCUUUUUAUUCUGUCGGCGUACUGUUGGCCUACUGAAUGUUUACCUGGAGGUCUGGUUGUUUUGGAGUAGCCUUCUAAAAGCCUUUUAUACGGGCGCCAACAUUAGAUAAUAACGACCCAUUUUAUAUCUGGAAUUAAAGGUCUGCUUUAUAGAAGCUGUGUGGUGAAUGAAAACUGUUUAAUUACUAAAUUGGUCCUUAUAGCCUACAAAAGAACUGGCAACGAAGCCACACGCAACUGAACACAACAAGCCUCGAUUUGAAUUUAUUAUCCGAUUUUAGGUAGUGCUGGAAGAAAGCAAGCUGCGUUUUCUCCAGAUAACACCAAACACUCGUUUUCAUUUUUAUUUUCGUUUAUUUGAAAAAAACAAAUCCAUUUAAAUGACCAGAACACACCUUUUUUCUGUCUUUCAACAAACACUCAAAUUGUAGCCUUACACCCCGUUUAAACAAUUCACAUUAUCUCCCAAAGCCAAGCUAGCAUCAACAAGGGACAUUCUUCCCCAUUCAUGUCCGACCGUCUGCCGACUUUGGCACCGCACCCUCCGGCCAAACCACGGACCUAUAGCUCGUAGCCUAUAGGCUAUCAUACUACGAAUGUUUCAAGAA